AUGGAGCUGUCUGUCACGCUGAUCUCAGCCGGGCUGCUGAUUGUUUUGCUGUUGCUGUUCAACCUCAAGAACCGAAAGAAGAAGCGGUGUUUACCUCCAGGACCUUCUGGGCUGCCCAUCUUUGGAAACCUGCUGCAGCUGGACAAGAGAGCUCCGUUCAAAACUCUGCAAAAGGUGAGAAGACUGAGAGAUAAUCCAUCUGUUUUUGUUUUUCUGAGAUAAUGUGGAGGCACCUUAAUGUAAAUUAAGACAAAUAUCACUUUUAUUGAACUUAUUCAUAUUUCUUCCCUCCUGUUUUAAAUGUGAUCAUAUUCCUGCACUGAUCUGGGUUUGGGGUUUGAACAAGAAUCAGAGGUGUGUUCGUUUGUUUCAGCUCAGUGAACGCUAUGGGCCUGUGGUCACCGUGUAUCUGGGCAGUCAGCGUUUCGUGGUCCUGGUGGGGUAUGACACAGUGACGGAGGCUCUGAUGGACCAAUCAGAUGACUUCAACGGCAGAGGAUGUCUGCCUUUCACGAUGAAAGUUACCAAGGGUUACGGUAAUGUGGCGCCUGGACCGCUGUCUCUGAAUAUGCUGUUGUGGGACCUGCCAGGAAGAGUGACGGUGUUUUUUUAACCCUCACUGUGUCUUCACAGGGUUGGGCAUCAGUAAUGGAGACCGCUGGCGACAGUUGCGUCGUUUCACCCUGACAACGCUCCGAGACUUUGGGAUGGGGCCUAAUGGGAUGGAGGAGUGGGUACAGGAGGAGGCCAGACACCUGGUGGCCCGCAUGAGGAAUACUAAAGGUACGACAACGACCGCCUGUUUAGUGUAUUUGCUCUGUCACAACAGAAAAGCAGACUGAACUCUGAAAUAACAAAUAAAACACAGCUGGAUUCAAACGUGUGUUUUUAAGGUGGUACACUCUAAAAACUCCUUUUUUUAUUUCUUCAACCCAAUUCCUGGGUUUCACAUGUUGAGUUAAAUUUCUGGGUUAUUUUUCGGAUCCAUACUCAUUUCUUGGGUUGUAUGAAUACUAUUGUGACCCAGUUUGAGGGUUAUCUGAACGGGUUAAUAAUUAUGGGUUAUUUUUCUGAGAGUAACCCAAUGAUUGGGUCAGAACGUUGGGUUCGAUUGACUCUAUGUGGUUUCUAGGCCUAAUGGCAAUUAAAGUGACCUGUUGGCCGCAGCUGGGGUAGCUCAACUGGUAGAGCAUCCAAUUCCCAACCAGGGGUUUGAGGUUCAAAUCCAACAAGAGACACAUCUGUAGGGCGCAAACUACAUCUACCAGUGUGGGUCCUUGGGUAAGACCCUUAGCGCUAUGGCGUACCUCAGGACCAUGAGUGCGUUACCAUUGAACGCCAGACCAGCUCAGACGUCGCCCAGGUUAACAAGGUCUGCAUCACAUACUGAGGAACCAGGGCUUUGAAAUGAGAAAUGAGAAAUGAGCUACUGGAACAACAAAGAGAAGGCAAUGGAGAUGAGAACAAGACUCCAGUAACCCAAACCAGCGAGGUUACAUGAACAGAGAGCAAACAGAUAAGGUUCUUAAAGUCAGCAAUGAGGAACACUUGACUGUUAAAAAGAGGAGAAAAAAAAAUCAAUGAAGGGGUGGGGUAGAUUUAAUACAGUUUUACGGGUACAUGUUGUAAAAGCAAAGUUCCCCAAAUGCAUCAAUUCAACCCAAGAUCAUGAGUCAAAUUAACUCGAAGAUCAGAUUAACUUGAAAGAGUUAUUGAGUCAACCCAGAAUGUUGAGUUAAUUUGAAUAACCCAACAUUCUGGGUCAAAAUAACCCAAUAAGUCGUCGGUCCAUUUUCAACCCUGGUGUUUUUAGAGUGUAGUAACCAACCUGAGCUGAUGUUUCUUGGGUCAUUAGAACAAGAAAAGGGAAGUAGGUUUUGGCCUCAUGCAUCUAGUUUCUUCUCAGCUGGUCCAUCUGAACCCUGUGGGUGUGUGAGUGUGAGUGUGUGGUUUUGGGUGUGAGUGUGAAUAUGACUGUAUAGCUGUGGAGUGUAGGGUGGAUGUGGUUGUUUUUAAUAAACUGUGAAGCACUAGGUGUGACUUUUGUAUAGAAAGUGCUUUAUAAAUAAUAUUUUGCCUGAUUGAUAGAGAGGUGAACAAACAGUCCAAUAAAAGAAAAUGUUUAGCUUCCACAGUACGGAUAUUUUUCUGUUUUUUAUUCCAGGCUCACCGUUUGAUCCCACGUACUUCCUGAGCUGCGCUGUGUCGAAUGUGAUCUGCUGUUUGGUGUUCGGUCAGCGCUUCAGCUAUGAUGACACCCACUUCCUCCACCUUCUGCAGAGUAUCACAGAAACCCUGAAAUUCAACAGCAGUCCCUGGGGUCAGGUAAGGGCAGAGAAGAUGGUGCAUGGGUUAUAUAAGGAGCAUGAAGGUUGGUUUGGUGAUAACAAAGAAGGAACUGAAAAAAAUGCAAAUGGAAGAGAGUCUGUAUGACUGUCAGCAGAAGAUAAUGUUGCUCUUGGUUACAGAUGUGACACAAAAAUCCAGUCUGUCCAACCAGCCUUAGAAAGUAUCAGAUUAUUUGUUUUGCAUGAAGCAUUAAUGUUUCACCCCAACCUUAAAACUUGUUUACAAGUUUGGAUCUGCAUCGGUCCGUUUACUAAACCGCACACGUUUCAAGUAGAGAAGAUGUCUGCUUUGUUGGGUUGUCUGUUUCCUUUUUUGCAUGUGGUUAGCACCAGCCUCUCGACCACGAUAACAGGUUGAUAAGUUCGAUUCUCAGAAACUACAAGAUAACGGUUUCAUUUGUCGGAUGUAACAUCUGAGCAACAUCCUGCAAGAUCAGGGUUCGACUUUAUCUCUUUCUGAAGAAUCGAUUUGUGGUCUGCCUACAUGCAGAUCUGUGCAUUUUUACAAACAGUCGAAAGUGUAAUUUUCUCUCCACAUCACACAGCUGUAUAAUAUCUUCCCACGGUUGAUGGAGUGGCUCCCGGGUCAGCAGCACCAAGUGUUCGCCAUGAUUGAAGAGCUGAGGAAUUUUACCUCGAAGAAGAUCCAGGAGCACCAAGAUACUCUGGACCCGAGUUCACCCAGAGACUACAUCGACUGCUUCCUCAACAGACACAGUCAGGUAAACUUAAGAAGACUCUAAAUCUGAAAGAAGGUCAAGUUUGAUAGAAUAUAAAUAUUUGACUUCUCAUAUCAGUCGUAUCAUUAUUAUCAUUUUUUAUUUUUACAGGAAAAGCAUCUGUCUGCGUCUGAGUUUCAUCAUGAAAACUUGGUGUCUACAGUGUUUAAUCUGUUCCUCGCAGGAACAGAAACGACCAGCUCAACCCUCAGAUAUGCUCUGAAUGUUCUGGUCAAAUACCCCAAAAUACAGGGUAAGUCUCAGAAACCGGUUUGAGGGAAAAACUCUGUCAGUGCCGAAAACCAGAAACACAAUCAAGACCUGAAACACCUGCUGCCUUUGUCUGUACAGAGAGCGUGCAGCAGGAGAUAGACACUGUGAUUGGUCGGGAACGCAGUCCCACUAUAGAGGACAGGAAGUCCCUCCACUUCACAGAUGCAGUCCUCCAUGAAAUUCAGCGUCUCAUGGACCUUGUCCCCAUGAGUAUCCCUCGAUGUGCGCUCAAGGACAUCUCCUUCAGAGGUUACACGAUUCCCAAGGUACCGUGGUUUCAUCUCAUCGUGUGCCACCAGCAUAAAAAGACUCCAGAGGAGUCAAAGUCCUCCGUCUGGUUUUUGUCUCCACAGGGUACGAUGAUCAUCUUCCUGCUGCACUCUGUGCUAAAAGGAGAGGAGCUGUGGGAGACCCCCUGGUCCUUUAACCCUCAGCACUUUCUGGACCAUAACGGGAAAUUUAAGAAGAAUCCUGCAUUCCUGGCCUUCGCUAUAGGUACGUUAUUAUCACAUGAUCAUUUUGACUGACUUCUAUAAUGCUGCUGAAGCUUGGACCUUAACAUGAGCUAUAAUGGGACACAGUUUUAUCUUCUGCCUGUUUUACAUAUUGACUCUCGUUUGUUUGUUCUUGUUCAGGAAAGAGGGCUUGUGUUGGAGAGUCUCUGGCUCACAUGAAGAUUUUCCUCUUCCUGGUCUCACUGUUGCAGCUUUUCACCUUCUCUGUCUCUGGUGGACCUGACAGUGUGGAUCUCAGUCCCGAGUACGGCAGCUUUGCUAAUUUGCCUCGCAGGUACAACAUCAUCGCAACACCCCGGCGGUAA